GAGUUGUUUCUUAAAAACCGAAACAAAAUAAUUGUACAUGGAAGUACAUGCAUCUUGAGACAAUAAACUUGGUCUAUUCGCCUAAUUUAAAAGAUGACAUAAGUGAAAGGUGUCUGUGCCAGUUGGUCCACUUUCCUCCAAAAAGCAAUGCCGUAGCUGGGCUGGGCUGGGCUGUAACAGGUACCAAUUUCUAGCGCCAUCAUUUCAACGAACUAAAACUUAACUUAUAUACAUUAUAAUUAACUAUACUCUCCUCUGAACGUAUCAACAACUAUGGCUGCGCUCGAUCAACUACCCGCAGAAAUAUCGCAUAUGAUAGCCGGCUUCCUUACGAUUCGUACCGAAACCGGAGACAUCGUAGCGGAUCAAAAAGCGCUCGCAUCUCUUACCCGUGUCAACACGCGACUACGCGACGCGUUUGAUCCAAUCCUAUGGAAAACGAAUGCAGUUUUCUCAGCCCCUGACGGCCCUGAUGGUAGACGUUACCCAAGGUCUGCUGUUCACUGGGCUGCCACAAAAAACAGGAUCGAUAUCCUAGAAAAAGCAUACAAGUAUAAUUUAGCAUUAGGCAUAGCUUGUAAUGGCGCUCCCCUGAAUUCCGCCGCCCGUUUGGGACAAGACGCUGCUGUAUGCUGGUUACUUGACCAUGGAGUACCAACGGAUCCUAGGACCUCCGGGGAAAUCUCGUCUGGACAUCAUAGCAAUGCCCGAAAGGCUGUUCCGUAUUUUCACUCACCAUUAUACACGGCGAUCAAAAUGCGCCAGGAGUCUACGGCCUUGACUCUAUUAUCACGUGGUGCCAAUAUGUGGUUUAGGCGACGAGACGCUCCUGAAGACAAGUUCCGAGAAGCUGCCAUACACAGUGCCGCCUUCUAUGGCUUACCAGCCGUUGUAAAGCACCUCGUUCUAACAAUGGGAAUCGAUGUCGAUGAACUUGACCGCAAGCUCGAGACACCUCUGAAUCACGCGAUGAGACAAUCUGAUAACGAGAAGGCGACUAAUAUGAUCAAAACCUUAUUAGAGCUUGGUGCUGAUAUACACAAAGAACAGGAUUCGGAACUUCCUCUAACUACAGCCAUUCAAUGCAGAAAUUUCUCCAGUGCGAUGUUAUUUUUGGAUGCUAGGCCAAGGGUGAACCUAAGCAACACAGGUCCAGGGAGCAUGUCUCCAUUGGCAGAAUGUGCUUUGUGGGUAGGGGAAGAUCAUGUAUUCCUGUCGGAUGAGGAUGAUAAGGUAAUACUAUCCGAGCAAAGGCAAUUAUUCCAGAAGCUCAUCAUGCGCGGGGCCGAUGUAGAUGCACCUUGCAAUGGACUAGAUACACCCCUCGGCAUUGCCAUACGAAGAGGCACCAACACGGCAGUUCAUGAACUCAUCAUAGGGGGAGCUGAUAUAGAGAAAUGUACAGGGGGUCGUCAGCUUAAGCCAAUCGAUCUCAUAUGGGAUAUUGAAGACACUAUAGAUAUUGCUAUAAAGGGAGCUACCUUAGUUGCAGCAGGUGCUCGUCUAGAUGUUCCUUCUAAGGCGGAUUCUAAAACAUCUCUAGAGAGGGCUGUUUCAUAUAAUAGGUAUGAUGGCAUAGAGGGUCAACCAAUCCUCAGCGCUCUCCUCUGCUCAGCAGGCCGACAAAGUUUUCGGACCGGAUAUCUUGACGAGCUCUUUCAAUAUUGCCUGGAGCAACGCCUCUACGAGCCUGCAAAGAUAUUGAUGCGUCACGGGGCAUCCUCACAGGGAGCAAAGAAAGCUGCUUAUGACUGGGCACAUGAAAUAAUUUGCAGUCCCCCAGACGAUUGCUCUCAACGGAUUUUAUCAUUCUGCCUGGAUUUCCAGUUUUCUAACGACGAAAUUGAAAAUCUCUUCACGGAGGCGCUGAAUUCCGAGGGUGAGGAAUAUUGUCAUUUUCUUAUGGACCGUGGCCUACUGUCGUUUUCUAAAGAACCUAGGCCGUGGUUACAUCUGGCCGUAAAAUAUGAUAACUUUUCACUCACACGACGCCUAUGCAGAGCUGGGAUGGAUAUCAAUGCACUCGACAUCAGCUCUGAGACACCUAUGAUGGUAGCUCUGGAAGCUGAACAUUAUGCCAUAGUUGAUCUACUUUUCGACCUCGGGGCGGAUCCAUUUCAUCCUCGGCCUGAUGUAGAAUGCCGACGGUCGCAGGAUUGGUAUUAUUUUAGGAAAAUCAUAUCACCUUUCGAGUAUGCAGUGCGCCGUCCUAGGUACCACGAACUUGCGAGAAGAUGGUGGCGAGAUUCUCCGCUAGAGUUUAUAACUCAGGAGGACUUAUACACUCCCCGUGUUCUCACUACGAACGACUACUGUGAGAGAUUUAUCGAUAGAUUGCGCCAAUAUACUAGAAGCGGCUCGAAAGACACCGAGCGACCUACCAGCCGUCCGACCAUGAGAAAUGCAGAGGAACAGAUAAGGUUUAAAGAAAAGAUAUCCAUCGCACGGGAAGAGGUAUGGGUCACUUGCAGGGACACUUUAGAGGACGAUAUACUAAAGGAGGACUGGGGCUGGACCGAGGACUAGGUAUGCAGAAGGGGCAAAUAGACGAGUGAUAAGCCUCGUAGACGCUUACCAGUAAGGAGGCAAUGGCACAACGCGCCGUAUCAAGGGUCACUGAAGAGUGAGGGUAUUGUAUGACUAGGAGAGUAAGCUCUGACUAUCUACCUAUCUAAUGAGUGUAUAAAGAGUGUAGCAUAGUUAGCCCUGUAUUUAUCCCUAACAAGGUAGCCCAGAUGUCCUCAGGUUAAGGCCUGUCUAAAUAUAUACAACUUUCCAUAUA